UCGAACGGCUGGAGGUCGCUCGCCUCUAAGCCCGUAGUGCGGCCCGAGCGUCUUGGCCCGGGCUUCACAGGCGGCGGCGGUGGUGUGUGUGUGUGGGCUCCGUCUUGGCCGGGCCGAGAGGGAGCUAGACUUCGGACCACCGCUUUCUUGGUGACAGGAUUUUCCCGUGAAGUGUGGCCGGACCGAGGCUGGCGGGCUGCGUCUCGAGGUUCUUGAUAACAAGUACUUGCUAGACUUCAGGACUUCAGAAGAGAGGUGAAAGAGUACAUUGCAACUCUAAGUCAAGUCUAUAGGCAGGUGGACUGACUGAUGGAUUAAACCACAAGUAAAGCUGAGUCUACAAAGGUGAUCUGUUGAGAAGAGUGAGUACUGGGAAAAACCUGCUCUUCUGUGCCAAGGCAGGGGACAAUGUCACAAGUUAAAACUUCUUAUUCCUAUGAUGCUCCCACGGACUUCAUCAAUUUUACCUCUUUGGAUGAUGAGGAAGAUACCCAAAACAUAGAUUCUUGGUUUGAAGAGAAAGCCAAUUUGGAGAACAAGUUUCCUGGGAAGAAUGGCAUAGGAGGGCUUUUUCAGGGCAAAACCCCUCUGAGAAAGCCUAAUCCUCAACAAGCUAUUGUCACACCUUUAAGACCAGUUGACAACACUUACUACAAAGAGGCAGAAAAAGAAAAUUUGGUGGAACAGUCCAUUCCAUCAAAUGCUGCUUCUUCCCUGGAAGUCAAGGGAAACACCUCAAGAAAUACUCCAGCACAGCCACAGAGGCGAUCUACUAGACUCUCUGCUCAGAAGGAUUUGGAACAGAAAGAAAAACAUCAUGUAAAAAUGAAAGCUAAGAGAUGUGCUACUCCUCUAAUCAUCAAUGAAAUUCCACCCUCCAAAAAAAUGAAAGUUUGUAACAAAAAAAAGAAGCCAGAGGAAGAGGAAGAAAGCAGUGCCCAUCAAGAUACCUCUGAAAAACAUGAGUCUUCCCCAGAGAAAGCCAAGGGCCGACAUACUGUGUCUUGUAUACCACCUGUGAGGCAAAAGACUCUAAAAAGUACUGAGGAGCAAGAGUUGGAGAAGAGAAUGAAAAUGCAACAGGAGGUGAUGGAGAUGCGGAAAAAGAAUGAAGAAUUCAAGAAACUUGCUCUUGCAGGAAUAGGGCAACCUGUGAAGAAAUCAGUGAGCCAGGUAACCAAAUCAGUUGACUUUCACUUCCGCACAGACGAGCGAAUCAAACAACAUCCUAAGAACCAGGAGGAAUAUAAGGAAGUGAAUUUUACAUCUGAACUGCGAAAGCAUCCUCCGUCUCCUGCUCGAGUGACUAAGGGGUGCACCAUUAUUAAGCCAUUCAACCUGUCCCAAGGAAAGAAAAGAACAUUUGAUGAAACAACUUCUACGUACGUGCCCCUCGCACAGCAGGUUGAAGCCUUUCAUAAACGAACCCCUAACAGAUAUCACUUGAGGAGCAAGAAGGAUGAUACUCUGUUACCCUCCAAGUCUGCUGUGGUCAAGAUAUCCAGAGACCCACAGACUCCUGUGCUGCAAACCAAACAGCGCACAAGGCCAGUGACCUGCAAAAGUGCAGCGGAUCAGGAGGCUGAGGAGCUUGAGAAACUGCAACAAUACAAAUUCAAAGCACGGGAACUUGAUCCCAGAAUUCUUGAAGGUGGGCCCAUCUUGCCCAAGAAACCACCUGUGAAGCCACCCACUCAGCCUAUUGGCUUUGAUUUGGAAAUUGAGAAAAGAAUCCAGGAGCGGGAGUCCAAGAAGAAAUCUGAGGAUGAACACUUUGAAUUUCAUUCUAGACCUUGCCCUACUAAAAUCUUGGAAGAUGUUGUGGGUGUUCCUGAAAAGAAAGUACUUCCAAUCACUGUCCCCAAGUCACCAGCCUUUGCAUUGAAGAACAGGAUCCGAAUGCCCACCAAAGAAGAUGAGGAAGAGGAGGAGCCGGUGGUGAUAAGAGCUCAACCUGUGCCACAUUAUGGGGUACCUUUUAAGCCCCAAAUCCCAGAAGCAAGAACUGUGGAAAUAUGCCCUUUCUCUUUUGAUUCUCGAGACAAAGAACGUCAGUUACAGAAGGAGAAGAAAAUAAAAGAACUGCAGAAAGGGGAGGUGCCCAAGUUCAAAGCACUUCCUUUGCCUCAUUUUGACACUAUUAACCUGCCAGAGAAGAAGGUGAAGAACACAACUCAGAUUGAGCCUUUCUGCUUGGAGACUGACAGAAGAGGUGCUCUGAAGGCACAGACUUGGAAGCACCAGCUGGAGGAAGAACUGAAACAGCAGAAAGAAGCAGCAUGCUUCAAGGCUCGUCCAAACACCGUCAUCUCCCAGGAGCCCUUUGUCCCCAAGAAAGAGAAGAAAUCCGUUGCUGAGGGCCUUUCUGGUUCUCUAGUUCAGGAACCUUUUCAGCUGGCCACCGAGAAGAGGGCCAAGGAGCGGCAGGAGCUGGAGAAGAAAAUGGCUGAGGUGGAAGCUCAGAAAGUCCAGCAGUUGGAGGAGGCCAGGCACCAGGAGGAAGAGCAGCAGAGGGAGGAGCUGGCCAGGCUACGGAAAGAACUGGUGCACAAGGCAAAUCCAAUACGCAAGUACCAGGGUGUGGAAGUAAAGUCAAGUGACCAGCCUCUGACUGUGCCCGUUUCUCCCAAGUUCUCCACUCGAUUCCACUGCUAACUUCAGCUGUGAGCUGCAGACACCACCUGGGAACAGAAGCUGCUCUUUUCAUCAAACCAGGAGCCUUCUUUCCUUGCCACAGGGCAUGAAGAGAAUCCAUUUCUCCAGACUUUUACCUGCCCAUACCAAACAGAGCAUACCUGACAAGUGUGGACUCCAGUUUUGUUGAGAAUUGUUUUCCUACAUUAUUGAAACUAAUAAUGAGACUCAACUCAUGCAUGUCACGCUCUGACCCCAUGUAGUUAUUUCCUGUGAACCAUCAGUAGACCUUUAAUAGGAGUCUUAACUCUGACUAGACUUUAAAGUCUCUGUAUCAGCACAGUAUAAUUUCUAUUGCUUCUUUGCCCCCCUCCCCCUUUUUUCUAUUUUAAUCAGAAAAUAAAGAUAGUUAAAUAUUAAGGUAGGAUUUAAGUCAUGGCUUACCUGAGGAACAACGAGUAUGUCAGGUUCUUUCCUCUUCUCUGCACAAAAUGAAUCUAGUGUUACAGAACCCGUCACUAUGAGGGUAGAAGCCUCAAUGACACAACCAUGAAGAAGACUGCAUGGACUGACAGGGAACCUCGUGGCAGCCAUCGGCAAGCUUUGGGACAGGACUGCUGUUAAGGCACGUUCUUCCCUCAUCAGUGCUGAUAAGAACAGGGAAUGCUGUGCAGGACACGUUUGAAGUCCUCCAAUAAACUGGAGUAGAAUAAAUAUGUUUGUCUUCCCUUCCCUGAUUUUGUCACUGGAUGUUUUUAAUUCUGUCAAGCCCCUUUGGAGGUCACACCUUACUGGGGAAAUGAGUACUUUGAGAGGAAGAAGGUCCAGGAACUUUGGAACUUUGAAAAGCACAGGCUCCGUUCUUAGAGGAAAAGGUUUUGUAACUUUUUUCUGUCCUUCCAUAUUUUGUUAACUGCCUCCCAGGCACCACUCUGGAAGGCACUCAUGUUUGUUAUUAUGCCUUCAGACAGUCCUGUGCCUUCUUCCCUAAAUGUGCCUUUUCUUGUCUGGUAAACUUCCUUAUAAGACUCAAGUAAAAUCUUCAUAAAUCCUUCCUUGACCACCUGACCUCCUCAGGUAAGGAUGAUCACUUCCUUCCACCCAAAUGCUUCUUGUAUAUUUCUCUAGUAGAACAGUUUCUUGUACUUGUUCACAAACUAGUAGAGACCCAGAUACCUAAAAUUUUCUUAGUCCUCAAAGACAAAAAUUACCUUCGUCAUCUCUGUAUUUUUUGUAGCUGGCACAGAAUUCACUAGGUCCUUGUUAGGUAGUGUAUUUUCUUUUAGACUUGAUACUAUUUAUGAACUCUACUAGUUAUCUACUCCUGUGCUAAGGAAUAUAAAAGCAUCCAUAUUCUGCCCCAGGCCAGUCCUAGGCACCAAGAAGACAGUAAACCUAUUUUAUAUUCCUUUUGUUUAUUCAUUCAGUGAGCAUUAUGAACAGGUCAUUGUAGAUUCAGUGAUGGAUGAAUUGAUGACAAAGCCAAGACGUGAUUUGCAGAUCUCUAAGCCUCCUGAAGACCCACAAACUGAUGCAAAAUACAGUUCCUCUACUCAUUUCCCAGAAGUUGAGUAUGCAGGUCCACAAUGACUUCUGUAAUUCAUUUAGUAAAUAUUUAUUUGGUGCUAACUGUACAUACCUUGGGACUGCUCAGUCUCCGGGAAUACAGCAUUGAACAGAAAUAGAAGAACUUGCCUUCAUGGAGCUUACCUCUUAGGAAGGCAGACAGACCAUAAGCAAGUUGCUGUCUUCUCUUCUGUCACAUGGUAAAUGUUUCUCUGCUGUGUGGAAAGUAGACUGGGGUCGGAUGGGGGGCAUGUGAGGGUGGAAACAAGACGGUGAGAGCUAAUAGGAGGUUGGGCUAGGUGGUAGCAGUGGAGGUGGUGAGAAACGGUUGGGUUCUGAGUGUAUCUUGGAAGUUGUAACUGGCAAUCUGCUGACAGAUUGGACGUGGAAUGAGAGAAAGAGGGUCAUUAAGGAGGGCUCCAGAGACCAAGUUCUCCAUCCUUUGUCCUGUGAGAAAUCCAGUUCUACCGCGGUCCUCAUAUCUCUUGUGGAUCCCUGGAGGGCUUUCAUUUUUUCUGGUCCCCUCUUGUUACGGUAUUUCUCCUUCUGUUCAUCUCUUGGUCCCCUCUGUGUCUGUCUGUCCUCUGUAGCUUUCCCCCCUCUCAUGUAUCAGUAGUUUUUUGACCGUUCACAAUCAUUCAUAUAUUUCCGUCUGGUAUCAGUUUUUUAAUAUAUUUUGCCCAUUUUUUUUUGUUUUUUUUCAGGUACGAGAAUAAAUCCAGCCCUCAAGCUGAGGGUCUGGAAAGAGGGUUAGUGACAGUUAUGGACCUUCGGGGAGCCUUCUACCCCAUACGCCCCAGUCUGGAUGAUCCCACCCAGACACGCCCAUUUCGGGGUAGUAAUGUGUGACAGUCUGUAGAGGUAACAGAGCGGGAUUAUAGUACUUUAGAGCAAAUAGCUUAAAAUUGAGACACAGACAUCCAUUGCCUCCUGCUUCCCAGAAUUCCCCAGCUUCCCAGUGGCUGUCUACUUCUCAGCACGGUCCGCCUAGUGUUGAGUUCUCUCUGGACCACCUCACACGACCUUCAUUUCUAAUACAGCUUCCCAUUUCCUCCAAAGCUCAAAAUCUCCACUUCUAUCUUACAGAGAAAGUCUAGUUCUUUAUCCCUUCAGGCCAUAUUCUAGAGGGAGCUUCUCUUUCAACAUUCAGAGGUCAUUCUGAGAUUUUCCUAAACAAAGAACAUGUCCUCUGAUAGGAAUUUACUGAGUUUUACUGAGAAAUCUGGCUGUCACACUUUGCUUGGCGGUUUUGCAAAUCUCCUAGCUCAUGCACACAGGCAGAUUGUUAGAAUUCCCACAAUUUCUGGGAAGGACUCUUGUUUUCAAUGUUAUUUUGACUUGGUCAUGGUUUCCCAUUGCUAAUAGUCCUGGGCUCAUUAACAUACUUGUAAGAUUACUGUUCACUCUUACUUUGGUUGGUCGCUUUGUCCUUGUGUGACUGUUGUGUUGCCGUCUUGACUGCCGUUUUAUUCCUUACCGGUUCUUUAUCCCUGGAAAGUGGAGCUUGAGUGGUAGACUGGCUGCAGUUGCAGCUGCCCCAGAGUUUAAAGGAGAUGAGACCCGUGCACAAGGCAUCGUAACACGAGAUAAGAUGGGACUCAGUAACGCCAGACACAAAAAGGGGGAGUUUAGACACUGCUUUUUGAGGUGAGAUUGCAGUUCUUAAACAUGUUUCUUUCUUUUUCUUUUUUAAGUAAAAAUUGCCAAAGUCGAAUGUCUUUUGGAAACAAUUAAAAUGCAAACCAUAUAAAGUAAACCAUGCAAGUCUCCUUAUUUCCCUAC